AUGGCGACUCCCGAGACGACGGAGCUGAAGGCUCAAUGGAAGACCGAAUUGGUGGUGCCCGAGUAUACCAUGGAAGAUGUUGCGGUGCAUAACACGAAAGCUGAUAUGUGGAUGGUCAUCCACGGACAAGUCUUCGAUAUCACCAAGUAUGUGCAAGACCACCCCGGUGGCGCGGACGUCCUCGUCGAAGUUGCCGGCCAAGAUGCCACUGCGGCCUACGAGGACGUCGGCCACUCCGAAGACGCGCGCGAGAUCAUGCAGCCGUACCUGGUCGGCACCCUCGCGGAUGCACAGGAGUACGUCCGGCCCAAGGCCGUGCGCGUCGUGUCUUCAACCACGCCCGAAAAGCCCAAGUCCGCCUCAAGAAGCCGUGCCAUCGUGGCGGGCACGCUCAGUGCCGUCCUCCCAGCCCUCUACAUCUGCACUCGUGGUAGCGCGCACAUCUUCCACCCUAUGGGCACCGUCACCCGCCUCCUCCCAUCGCAACUAACGACCAUCCGCCUGGGCCAGGGCGGCUUCCUCAACGGCCUCCUCGCCGCCAGCCUGCUCUGCAGCGCCGCCGGCGUCGCUCUCGCCAAGCAAGCCAGCCGCUUCACCCAGAUCGAGUCCGGCUUCACAAAAUACCCGCCACACAUCCACGCCAAAAAGGUCAUCCACGCGGAUCCGCACCUCACACACGGCUUCCUCGAGCCGAAGACCUACCAGCACCUCCCCCUCGUCGCCAAGCACCAGCUCUCCCCCAACGUCUACCGCUUUGUCUUCGCCCUCCCCGAGCCAACAGCCAUCCUCGGCCUCCCCGUCGGCCAACACGUCGCCAUCAAGGCCGAGAUUGACGGCAACACGGUCAGCCGCUCCUACACACCCACCUCGAACAACCUGGACCGCGGCCGCCUCGAGCUCGUCAUCAAAUGCUACCCUGACGGCCUGCUGACCGGCCGGUAUCUGGCCAACCUGUCGCUUGGCGACAAAGUCGCCUUCCGCGGACCCAAAGGCGCCAUGAAAUACACCAAGGGUGUCGCGCGCGCCUUCGGUAUGGUCGCCGGCGGCACGGGAAUCACCCCCAUGUACCAGCUCAUCCGCGCCAUCUGCGAGAACGACGCCGACACCACGCAGAUCAGCCUAGUCUACGCGAGCCACAGCGAGGCAGAUAUCCUGCUGCGCGAGGAACUGGAUGCUUUUGCGCGCCGGUAUCCGUCUAACUUCAAGGUGUGGUAUGUGCUAAGUGAGGCGCCGGAGGGCUGGGCCUUUGGAAAGGGCUAUGUGGAUGGCCAGGUCCUGCGUGAACAUAUGCCCAGUCCUGGGCCUGACACGAAGAUCCUCCUGUGUGGGCCGCCUGGCAUGAUUAGCGCGACGAAGAAGAAUCUAGCGCCGUUGGGUUUCAAGGUGCCGGGCCCGGUGUCGAAGAUGAGCGAUGAGGUGUUUUGCUUCUAG